AUGUCGUUUGCUGACAUUGGUGGCAUUAGUGACAAGAGGGCAGAAACACGUGUCUAUACGCAGGCAGAGGUGGAUGCAAUUAUUGCUAAAUAUAGUACACAGGAGAGUGUGUUUGUGACUGAUCAGACGUCUUUAUAUAGGCGGAUUGAAUAUCUGGAAAAGAAAUUGAUUAAUUAUCAGUUACACUCUGAGACUCUGGUUGAAUAUUUAAGAGUAAAAAGGAUCCCACGUGGGCUACGGCUGAAUAUUAGACUUAGCUUUUGUAAAUCCAAUAAAGAGUUCUGUAGAAAUUGGUAUAAAAUAUUGAAUAAAUGUAGUUUGGACCUUAUAACGCUAACAGUGGAAGGUUUGCAGCAAGAGUUAUCAGAAUUUGAGAAGUCGCUUUCUGAUACGAAGCAGAAAUUGGCUGAAGUUGAGGAUAAGGUGAUUGUUGAAGGGAAGCUUGCCACAAUAUCGGCUAAAUUACCUAAGUAUAGAGAAGAGAUUCUAGAGAAGAAAUUGGAUAAAUUUCGGAGGGAUACUGUAGAUUAUUUGGAGGAUAAAGUGUAUACUUGGCGGCAAUCGCGUCCUGGGCGUUACUUUCAAAGGCGUAAACAAGACAAUUCGGAUACUAGUGUGUCGGGUCCUGAGGUGUCUUCUGGGGAAUCUGAAUUUGGAAAAAGUGUUUUUUUAGGGGAACAUCCAAGAGGAGACGUGGAAAGAGGCCGAGGAGAGGUACACAGAGUGGUUCCAAUUGUGACCGAACCCAAGAGGAGAUAUCCGGGACGCAUGAGACAACAGCGGAAACAUUGGUAG